AUGCCCGCGAACGACUGCGUGUUGAUGGACAAGAUCAUCGAAGGGGAUGGCAAGACCAUCCCGCAUCAAGGCAGUAUUGUGACCCUCGAUUACGUUGGGUUUCUGCCAGACGGUAGGAAGUUCGACUCCACCAUUGAGCGCGGAAAGCCAUUUGUGUUCCGUGUGGGCUGCGGUGAGGUCAUAAAGGGGUGGGACGAGGGUAUCGUGCAGAUGUCUAAGGGUGAGAGAAGCCGACUGACAAUGCCGCCGGCGCUGGCGUUUGGUUCCACCGGUUUUCCUGGCAUGAUUCCCCCUGAUACCACCAUUGUGUUUGAGGUGACACUCUUAGACGUGGCGUGA